AUGGGAUCUUCCUUCAGUUGCUGUGGUUCUGAGAAAGUAGAUGAAGGGUCACCAACAGUAGGAGGAGGUAGCAAUACAUGGAGGAUUUUCACAUACAAAGAGUUGCAUGUUGCUACUAAUGGAUUUAGUGAAGAUAACAAGCUUGGAGAAGGAGGCUUUGGAAGUGUCUAUUGGGGUAAAACUACUGAUGGCCUUCAGAUAGCUGUGAAGAAAUUGAAAGCGAUGAAUUCAAAGGCGGAAAUGGAGUUUGCGGUUGAGGUGGAAGUUCUUGGGAGGGUUAGGCACAAGAACUUGCUAGGGUUAAGAGGUUAUUGUGUUGGGACUGAUCAGAGGCUAAUAGUGUAUGAUUACAUGCCUAAUCUCAGCUUGCUUUCUCAUUUACAUGGCCAAUACUCUAAAGAAGUUCAGCUUGAUUGGAAGAGGAGAAUGAAGGUUGCUAUUGGCUCAGCUGAAGGCCUCCUGUACUUGCACCAUGAGGUAACACCCCACAUAAUCCACAGAGACAUAAAGGCAAGCAAUGUGCUAUUGGAUUCAGAUUUUGAGCCAUUAGUGGCUGAUUUUGGGUUUGCAAAACUGAUCCCAGAAGGGGUUAGUCACAUGACCACACGUGUGAAGGGGACUCUAGGGUACUUAGCCCCAGAAUAUGCCAUGUGGGGUAAGGUCUCCCAAAGCUGUGAUGUUUACAGCUUUGGAAUUCUUCUCUUAGAGCUAGUAACUGGGCGAAAGCCCAUUGAGAAGCUCCAAGGUGGUGUCAAGGUCACAAUAACUGAAUGGGCCGAGCCUUACAUAACCAAAGGGAGGUUUAGGGAUCUUGUGGACUCGAAACUCAGAGGUAAUUUUGAUGAGGCCCAAGUCAAACAGGCCAUUAAUAUUGCGGCCCUCUGUGUGCAAAGCGACCCUGAUAGAAGGCCCGAUAUGAAUGAAGUUGUUGGGCUUUUGAAAGGGUGUGAGCCCAAGCCCAAAGUGAGGCAUACAAGGAUGGAGAGCAUUAAAUAUAAGGAUGAAUUGGUAGCCAUUGAUCAAGCCACGGAUGAUGAUGAUGAUGAUGAUGGAGAAAGUAAUGGGUAUGGUGUGUUUAGUGCUUUGGAGGUUCAAAACAUGAAAGCUCCUUACAAACAUGGAGUUAGUAGAACUACUACUAAAUUUUAA